GCCGCCUCCUGCCGCUGGCUCAGACGCGGCGCCGCAGCCUCCCGAGGGCAGCAGCCGGAGCCAUGGCCCGGAGCCGCGCGGAGAGGAACAGCUGGGGUGGCUUUUCAGAAAAGAAUUACGAGUGGAGCUCUGAAGAGGAGGCGGCUGUGAAGAAGCCGGGGCCAGUCCAGGUGCUCAUUGUUAAAGAUGACCAUUCCUUUGAACUGGACGAAGCCGCGCUGAACCGCAUUCUGCUCUCGGAGGCCGUGAGAGAUAAAGAGGUAGUUGCUGUGUCUGUCGCUGGAGCUUUCAGGAAAGGAAAAUCGUUCCUGAUGGACUUCAUGCUGAGAUACAUGUAUAACAAGGAAACCAUUGACUGGCUCGGCGAUUACAAUGAACCGCUGACGGGCUUCUCGUGGCGAGGAGGGUCUGAGCGGGAGACGACUGGCAUUCAGAUAUGGAGUGAACUCUUUCUUGUGGACAAACCAGACGGUAAAAAGGUUGCUGUGCUACUGAUGGACACGCAGGGGACGUUUGACAGCCAGUCGACUCUGCGGGAUUCAGCCACCGUGUUUGCCCUUAGCACUAUGAUCAGCUCAAUCCAGGUAGUACGGUGA